AUGGACCUAUCUGGUUAUCACCCACAACAGACCCAGCCUCUCGUCCACCCAUCAGAGGACCCACUGGAUCUCUUAACUGUGGAAGGACCGUCAACAUGUGAGGACACGGCUUUUAGAAAUGCUUUUGGUUUCAGAAAAUGUGUAACAUGAUUUAAAUAUGUUAGAGGUUAAACUAUCUGUGGAAAUUUUGAGCAUUAAAGCAUGAAAAUGUUUAGUUCAACUACAAUAUAAACUGAUAUGGAUCAAGUCUUUAUGGAAAUGUACAUUUAAAGCAGUGAAGGCAUGAAAGAGGUUUACUAUUGCGCCACAGACCUUCAUUUAGGAGGCUAAUUCAUGUAGGAGCCAUAACCAGCGAUCUCUGUAAAUUAUGUAAGGGUCAUAUCUGUGAUUAUAGUGGAGCAAAUCAAAGUGAGCGAUAAGAUCCUGUCUGCAGCAAGAGGAGUCCUGCACUGCUCAAUAUUCUCCCAGCAGCUGAGCAAUAAACCUCAUUGGAUGACACACUAACAUGACAGUGACUUCAUUACACAGUUUCCAGUCUGACAGCAUUUCUGUUGACACUUUUUCCAUAUUGUUCAGUAAGAGUCUUAUUUGUGACUGUUGGGAUUUUAGAGUUAUAUCAUUUGACAUAUGUCUACGUUACUUAGAAACAAAAGAAGAAUUGCUCAAUGGGAGGUCCACACUUGUAUUGUUAUAUUGUACUCAAAUUAAAAAUGAUAAUCAUCAUUUUUUGCUUAGAUGAGAGCAGAAAGAAACAUUCGGUAGCAUCUGAAAAUCAAUCUCAUCCUUCAGCCAUAAGAAUUGGAGGAUUUUGUUGCCCUGUAUAUUUGCUGUCUCAUAUCAUUGUGGGUUCCUCUUCAGCUCAGGAGUUAAAGACAGAAUCAGAUGGCAGACCAGAGGAGAGCUGUCCUGUCUGUGGGGACAAAGUGUCAGGAUACCAUUAUGGGCUGCUCACCUGUGAAAGCUGCAAGGUAAGAGAAGGAUGUAAGCAGUUCAUGUCAAAAGACUGAGUGUUUUAUAACCAAGAACAUGGAUUGUUGAUGAAAGCAGAUUUUGAUGAUUGGCAAAUCACUAAAACCGUUUAUUUAACUGGAAAUACUGUGGAAUGAACGUAUUAAAUGUUGACAUAACGAUUUUUUGAUUUUUUGCAUUUUAAAAAAAGUGCAUUAAUCAAUAUAUGAAAAAGUGUUGAGGGCCACAAUAAGAGAAAAAAAUAACACAACAGGGAGAUUUUGUAAAUUUUCAUUUUGAGAUUAAAGUUGAAAUUUAAAAAUGUCAAAUGAAAAAUAUCAAAAUUUCUACAUUAAAGUUGAAAAUUCAAAAUUAGAAAAAAAUGAAUUUCUAUAAAUAAAGUCGAACUUUCAAGAUUUCUAAAUGUUGAAACAAGAUUAAAAAGAUUUAAAAUUUGAGAUUAAUGUUGAAAUUUCGACUUCACAUAAUUUUUUUUCGAUUAAAUGAAGUCAAAAUUUCGACUAAUCAAAAAAUUUAAAUCAUUUUAAUCUCGUAGUUUCGACAUUUUGUAAUCUCGAAAUUUCAACUUUAUUUACAUUUCUUUUUUUAUGCUUGAAUUUUCUACUUUAAUGUUGAAAUUUCAUUUUUUUUUCAUUUCGACUUUUUCAACUUUAAUCUCAAAAUGGAAAAUUUACAAAAUCUCCCUCUUGUAACUAUUUUUUUCUCUUCUAGUGGCCCUAAUCGAAUUUGCUGCUGUAGAGCUCAUCUUUUUGUCUCAAACAAUGAUAGGCUACUUAUCUAAUAUACAAGAUUGUCUUGUGAUCUGCACUGUAUGAAGAAACAGGUCGACAAUGUCUCUCUUUCUCCGCAGGGCUUCUUUAAACGCUCAGUUCAGAAUAACAAGCACUAUACCUGUGCAGAACAACAAAGAUGCCCCAUGAACCCUUGGCAGAGGAAGCGUUGUCCAUCCUGUCGCUUCCAGAAGUGUUUAGCGGUGGGCAUGAGGAGAGAAGGUACAGUUACAGCUAUCAGCAUCACAGAAACAUGCACCCAUUCAUGCUAUUGUGAUUGUACGCUCCAGUGCAGCAUGUCAUAUGUCCCACUGACUUGCAUGUUCUUUUUUCCGUAUGACUUAUCUACCAAGUCAUAAACUGGUGCUGUAAUGACCCAGAUCUUCACAUAUGAGGACUUUGUAUUGCAGAGCCAAUCUGAGCCCUGAGAACUGAAAAUGAGUCUAAAAUUCUCUGGCAGUGUUUGCACUCUUGCUCCAACACCUUUGUUUUAUGUUUGAUCCUCAGCUGUAAGAGCAGACCGUAUGAGAGGUGGGAGGAAUAAGUUUGGUCCUCUCUACCGGCGGGACAGGCAGCUAAAACAGCGAAAUGUGUGUCACCAGGUAAACACUGCUCCCCACAGGAUUAAGAUGGAAACUACCCAGAUACAUCAGCCUGCAGCUUCAAAUGAUCUCCAUUUAAUGGACAGUCACACCACUGACCCUUUGCCCUCUGGUGCCUUUUAUCCACCACACAUGUACCCUCCUGGCAUUGGGCAGUCAGGUGAGGUAACUCCUCUAGACUGCUCUUUUAACACAGACAGGGUGCUCACUCCUCCAUCCCUCCCUCAUCCUGGACUGUAUCACUGCAACCUCACUCACCUUCGGGAGACGCAAGACAUGUCCUAUAGCCACAGCUCAAACUCGGCAAACUACUCAGCGUAUCCUGUCAAUUUAUUCACGCCAAGACGCACACCAACGUCAUCACCCUGCUCAACAUCAAGCUCAACCACCCCUCUCUCCCAAACCCCCGACCAAUUCCAGCACAACCCUCCAUCAACCCCUGUUACAUCCAACUUUCUAAGCCAGCUGAUGGAGGGGGAUCAAGAUGAGAGCCAGCUGAGCGCCAAGGUCCUCGCCAGCCUGCAGAGAGAACAGGCCAACAGGGGGAAACACGACUGCCUCAACACAUUCAGCAUCAUGUGCAAAAUGGCUGAUCAGACCCUGUUUGGACUUGUGGAGUGGUCCAGGAAUAGUGCACUGUUCAAAGAGCUCAAGGUAAUGAACCACACAAUAUAAAAGUGACAUAAAAACUCCUUUGGUAUUUACUCUGUUGUACUGGGAGCUCACAUUAACUCAAAGAUUUGUUUUUUAUGUUUGCAAAAGGUGGAAGAUCAGAUGGUGCUGCUACAGAGCUGCUGGAGUGAGCUGCUGGUCCUCGAUCACCUCUGUAGACAGGUGACCUAUGGCAAAGAGGGCUGCAUUUAUUUAGUCACAGGACAACAGGUAAUGUUUGAUGUUAGUGUGAUAAGGUGACUUUUUUUGUAUCAAAUAUGGUUUUGAAGAAUCUUUGACCUCCCUGUUGUUCUUAUUCUGACGCAGAUCGAAGUUUCCACCAUCAUCUCUCAGGCAGGUGCAAAAUUAAACGCUUUGGUUUCAAGGACCCAGGACCUGGUAUCCAAACUGAAGACACUCCAGUUAGACAGACAUGAGUUUGUUUGUCUGAAGUACCUUGUACUAUUUAACCCUGGUGAGAUUUUCCUUUAGACUUUAAGUGACAUUUUGUUGAACUCACAUAAACUAUUGUGUUGAUUAUUAAAGUGUGGAUUUUUUUCUCUCCGUUUCAGAUGUGAAGUCAGUGCAAAACCGAAGGCAGGUGGAGCAGACUCAAGAGAGAGUAAACAGGGCCCUGAUGGAGCACACCCAACAGAGUCACCCGGGACACUCAGACAAGUUCGGCCAGCUGCUGCUCAGGCUGCCUGAAGUACGCAGCAUAAGCUUACAGGUUGAGGAGUAUUUGUACCAGCGCCAUCUUGUGGGAGAUUUACCCUGUAACUCUUUACUGACUGAGAUGCUCCACACAAAACACAGCUGA